UUUGAUAAUUUUAUGGAUUGUGUUUAUAUACUUCCUCUAUUAUUUGUUUCCAUUUAGCCUUAAAUUGCCAUCAGUUAAAAAAAUCAUACGAAUUAGGUUCGAUACAUGUCGAGUAAAGUCAAGCGGUAGUUCAACGUUAUAAUUUUUGCACAUCGUCGGUCGGGUCGGGCAGCCGAUACCUACCUAGAUAGCAAUAAUAAAAUGUAGAACGAUAUUCUGAUGCGACGCUUUGUUAUAAUUCACUUGUUUCAUGAAGUUAAACGUGCAUAAACGUGAUAGUAUUUACUUAUAAAAGAUUAUUAUUCGUAAAAGGGAAUUCUCACGGCUCGAUUUUCUGAUUAGCAAGACUAUCGUAGUCGUAUCGGAUAGUAUUUUUCAAUUGAAUCUACUAUAGGCAUAAAAUGUCAAGUGAGUUUGUGAGGGUAUGAGUACAUUGCGCUAUCAGAUGCUACCCCACUGUUGGCGAGUACGGACACAUUUUUAGUUGAAGGUGUAACAAGAAAAUAUCCGGCGCGCGCAAGCAGUCUUUUAAAUUACUUUAAAUUUAACAUCUCCCUAUUCAAGUUAGAUUCAAUAGGUAGUGUGAGUAACCAAACCAUACAAAUCCAAACAAGCCUAUGCACAGGAGGGCUCCGAUUCAGCAAGCAUUGAAGACAUCUGAGGAUCUAGUGUAGUUUAUUCUUAAGUACAUAUUCUUUUGCAAUAAAAGUGUUUGGUGUUUAAGUUUUGUGACUUCUGUGAAGAAACUUUGUGUUCUCUUAGACAUUAUAAAAAAAUGUGAUUCGUUGUUUAAAAUUUUAAUCUGUUAGUAACUUGUAACACCACACCUUCUUCUGUGAUAUAUUGGUACAUAAUACUGAGAUUUUUUGACUUAUAUACAAGAUAAGAAAAACUUUCAAAAAAUUAUGUCGAGUAAUCCUCAGUGGAAAGUGUUCCAGCCGCCAGAUUCACACUCCUCACCUUUACAGGAAAUAUUAGAUCUACAGCAAUCAAAUAUGCAGGCAAAACAGGGGUACCGUAAUGGUACUUACAGCACUGACUAUCCGAGUUCCCCAAGAGAUAAUUAUCAUAAUAUGGGCAAGUCAGGUGGUAGUAAUAGAUUUUCCCUUGGCAAUUUUAACUUGGACUCAUGCCCUAUGGGAGAUUCAGCGGGAGUGUACUCAUCUAGUUCGAACAACAGCCAACCUCAAUAUGAUUCCAUGAAUCACCCUCCCAUCAGGGAGACGGGAAUCAUUGAAAAAUUACUUCAUUCCUAUGGCUUUAUACAAUGUUGCGAAAGGCAAGCACGUCUGUUCUUUCACUUUAGCCAGUUUGGUGGCAAUAUAGACCAUUUAAAGAUAGGAGAUCCCGUUGAAUUUGAAAUGACGUAUGACCGUCGUACUGGUAAACCUAUAGCUUCAACCGUAACAAAGAUAGCACCCGAAGUGGUGUUGAGUGAAGCCCGUGUCACAGGUAUUGUUACCACUGAAGUCAAGGGAGAGGGUUCAGGUGAUAGCACGGGAAGGAUUUCCUAUGAGAAUAGAGGCGAAUGUUUUUUUCUGCCUUACACAAAAGAUGAUGUUGAGGGUAAUGUCACUCUGAGAACCGGUGAUGCUGUAAGCUUUCAAAUUGCAACGAACCAAAGAGGUACAUUAGGUGCGUGUCAUGUGCGUUUCGAAAAUCCAGCUCAUCCAGUGAAAUAUCAUGGUGUGGUCUGUUCCAAGAAGGAAAACUUUGGUUUCAUUGAACGAGCUGAUGUUGUCAAGGAGAUAUUCUUCCAUUAUUCCGAAGCCAAGAUCAAAGAGGAGUUGUCUCUCGGUGAUGAUGUCGAAUUUAUUAUUCAAACUAGAAAUGGUAAAGAAGUGGCGUGCAACAUAACAAAGCUACCCAGUGGUUCGGUUGUGUUUGAGGAUGUCAGCCCGGAGAUAAUGCGAGGCCAAGUUUUGAAACCUCUGGAGCGAGGGAACAUGGCUCGGGUACCGCAGAACGAUCCCCUACCAGGGCGGAUUAGGUAUCGUGCCGCUGAUCAUUCUGAAGUCGAGGUGCCUUUCGGAGAUAAAGACCAGUGUGGGGAGUUUACGCUGCGGCAUGGCGAUUGGGUCCAAUUUCAAGUGGCUACAGACAGACGGGACCAGUUGAAACGUGCAACUAAUAUAUCGCUACUCGAUGAAUCAUUCAAUGUUUCGGGUGAAAGGAGGGAACAAGGCGUCGUCUCGUCCCUCAAGGAGGGCUUCGGGUUCAUCCGUUGCGUCGAGAGGGAGCAAACCAUGUUCUUCCAUUUUGCUGAGGUUCUCCGUCUUGGACAGGAGCUCAGUGUUGGUGAUGAGGUCGAGUUCACAGUGGACCCCGUGUCGACGUUCUCCAAUAUGAACACCCGUCAAUCUGCAAUUCGUAUCAAACACUUAUCACCCGGUACCGUGCAAUUCGAGUCGCUCCUCGAACGCGGAGUACGCGGCAUCAUCGCCAAAGAAGCCCAAGCGUUUUCAUCUUCAUCGUCGUCCUUUAGCCCCACUAGACAGCCGCCUUCUGAAACUGGCAUCAUAACAUGUCAAAUAAACAAUAUGAAGAAAUCCAUCACGUAUACAGCAAAGAAAUGUGAAUCGAAAAUGCUUCCACGUGUCGGCGACAAAGUAACCUUCGACAUUUAUCAGGUUAAAAGGACAAAGGAGUUAAUUGCGAUGUCCAUUCAGAUACAGCACAGCCUCACGAACGGAAAUUCAAACGGUGGCAACAACAUGCGUCCAAUAAUGCAGGGAUUCAUAGCUGCGCUGAAGGACGGUUUUGGUUUCAUCGAAACAGCGGACCACACCAAGGAGGUGUUCUUUCAUUUCAGUAAUUUGGAAGGCAGUCCCGACGGAUUGGAGUUGGGUACAGAAGUGGAGUACAGUCUCGGUCGUCUGAACGGGUCCGGGGGUGGGUGUGCAAGUGCUGAAUUCGUACGAGUACUGCCAAGGGGAUCAGUUACCAUCGCGAAACCAUUAGACCCAACACUUAACGGAACGGUCACACGUACACUGCGAGCUUUGAAUCCCGAUCAGGCGAAAUAUUCAGGUCUCAUUCAAAUGGAGGGAGGGUCAACCUACGAGUUUGGAAUCAUGGGUCUCGCAUGCAAACGUGAAAUCCUCCAAGUGGGCGACCCUGUUACCUUUCAAGCAGACGUCGAAGGCAGAGCUACCAACAUUAUACCUAUUAGGAAGAAGAGACGCGCCGUUGUUGAUGCUAUAAAAGGUGGAUUUGGUUUCCUAUCAAUAGAGGGCGAAGAUAACCGGCGGCUGUUCUUCCAUAUGUCCGAGGUGCGCGGCAACCCGUCAGAUCUGCAGUCUGGUGACUCGGUCGAGUUUGUCAUGUUAACGAAUCCCAGGAACGGAAAGUCGUCAGCUUGUAAUGUUGUUAAAAUUGGCAGCAAGCCGAUAACGAAAGCCCGGAGCGAGCGACCCGAGCGACUACUGGCGAGACUGCGUACUGUCUCGCUCGAAGAUUCGGCCGCGCCUCGUGUUGUGGUGGCGAGAGCGCCGCGAGGACCAGACGGAAGUCGUGGGUUCAGACCUCGACGACCGCUGGCUGAACAAUUGGCCGAGUGAGAAUAGAAGAUAUAUCAGCGAGGCCUGAACAGUUACAUUACUGCUACGUAGGUAAACAUCCUAGGUUUGAUUUUCAAAUUAUCAAAGGAACGGUAAACUAUAUCAACUACGGCACCCUCCAUUAUAGAAGACUUAAAAGUUUAAAAAUAAAACGCAACUCCAAUUACGUAUAACGUUUUUUGUAAUCUAUUUUGUAAUACUAGCUGGACGUUGUCGUUUGACAGUUCGUUUGUUUGUUGAAAUUAUUUCGGUGUUCGGUAAAGUACGGUGAUGUUGUUUUGUAUGCAAUAUAUUGAAACGUAGUAGAAUUUAAACAGAGAGUGCCUUUUCGUUGUAUAGUUUACCCGAACGUCAUUUGUAUUCACGAGAGACUGAUCCUUUCUUUAGCAGCAUUUAGGGAAUUUUCGUUAUUUUUACUAAUAUAAUUUAGGUGAAAAAAAAUAAAAUAUAUUAAAAUAAAAUCAGCUGUUCAUCAAACGAAUCAAUACAUCACCGAUUAUAGUUUGUAAAUGAGCGAGGAACAUAUCAAAAUGAACUAAUAUUUGUUUUGCUUUUUAAUGUAUACGUUUACAUGAGGUUCUUUUUCGCAUAGACACGUUGUUCAAAAUUCCGUUCCGUGUUCCGAGUAUUUAGUACCCAAUGAUCGAUGUCGGGUGACGCAUAACAUUUGCAGUUUUUUGUAGUUUUUUGUAGACACGGGACUUCCGUGAUGUCCCUAAACCCGUCGAAAUAUCAAGAACGAACUUUAAAUACAUAGCGAUUGUUGAUUUAUGACGAAUCGAUUUAAUUCCAAGAUUGAUCGAUAAAUUUUCUCUCUUUUUUUUAAAUUUUAUUUAAUGGUUAUUUGAAAGGCCAAUCGCGAUUGGUUCAAUUUACAAAGUUGUAUUACGUUUUGCACGUGUAACGUAGACACUUGCGUUGUUCGAAUAAAACAGCGUUUUAAGUAUUCGCUAUAUACAAGUUUAGUUGACGUUAAGUUUUUUUUUUCAAUUGAAGGUUAAGGGGGAAUAAAGAUCAGCUAAAUCAUAAAAAAAAACAUGUCUUAUUUUUAAACAUAUUUUAUAACUAUGUAAGUUCGUGACAAACCAAAGAACAUGGUUAUCGUAACAUCGAUUUUACGUGUAUAUCGAUUUAUCAUUUUACCGAUACUGUAUCAUCAUAAGAUAGUUUACGUAAAAACGAACUAGAUGGCAUUCCUAUCUCAAGUUAGUAUAAAUUCACUUGACUUGACUCUGGUCAUUCUUCCCCGUUACCCAUUCAGUUUAUAUAAAUUAUCGUUGUAGGAACGUAAAUUGUCUCUUCCAAACUGGUAACUCGGUAUUAUAAUAGAUUUUAGGUCAAAAUACCGCACCUUUAGAUAUACACAUAUAUUUGUGCUGAAGAAAGGACGAGGAAUAAAUUUCUCUCUAUGGUAACGUGACAUUUCAGCUUCGAUAUUAGCAUUCUUUAAAACUCUUUAAUUCUUUACAUUAAACGCAUUGCUAAAUUAUAAUGCGUUUAUAGCUUUAUUAAGCUAUUCAAAUUAUGGAUAUAAUCUGUGUCCUUGGCUUAUAUUAAAAAUUAUUAAAAAAAAAAUGUAUGUUGUAGAUAUUAAUUUAUUGAAAUAAUCUUAGUUACGUCACAUUCUAAAGGUGCGAUAUAUUUAUUUUUUUAAACAAGAUAAAAUAUUUUCAGAGUCAACCCCUAUAGACACCAUGUCCAAUUUCUAUCAUUCAAAGUUUACCUACCAAUAUGAAGUACCGCUAGUUUAUGAUACAAAACUAAUUGCAUAUCGUAAAGAACGAAUUCGUAGACAAGACUGGAUAUGGAUAUAUAAAAAUUUAAAAUAACCAAAUUUGGACUUGAAUUUAUGUGAAAAAUACAACAUCACAACCUUUAAAAGUAUCGUAGAAGUACCUCGUUUAUUCUUUAAAAUGAGCUUAUUUAUUUUUGAUAUACACAAUUUAAAUUUUUUUACUCUCAUUACUACUGAUAUUGAUCAAAUUUUCAAAAAAACAAUUUAUACUAGUUUUUUUUAUUGAUUAUUAAAUAAAUAACAAAAAAAAAAAAUUGUGAUAAAUUAAAUGGCGUAAAAUUAUAGUUUCGUUAAUAUUUGAUUUCGUUAUAUUUAAUUAUUGUAGUGUGUAUGUUCUUACGUUUAGAAAUUGAUAGACGUAACUCUGGAAUUAUAAUUAUAAACGAAUUUGUGUUAGUGAGAAAUAUGAUUUUAAAUAACACAAGAUCAACUAGACAUUGCCAAAACAAAGUAUUUUCAAAUAUUAAACAUACGACGUUUUGUUUAAUGACUCCGUUUAUAAAACACUUAAAUGAUAAUUUAUUUUUUAUAAAAAAAAUGUUAUAUAAAAUUUCGAAUGUAUUAUAUUUUUCGUGUACAAACUUAUCCUUAUUACCUCCAACAAAAACGCGUUAAUUAUAAACCUUAUAGACUCGAAUAGAUCUCUAUCGGAAUAAACUGUGAUUUUGGAUAAUUCAUGUGCAAUAAAAAAAAAAAAAACAAAAGUAUUGAAGUUUUAUAAGCUCCUAGGGCGUAGAAAUUAGUUUUAUCCCAGUUAGAUAUAAAAAUCGACACCACUGUUGGGACCGUGCAUACAUACUCAGUAUAUAAGAAUACAUAACGGGGAUUCUGCGUUUAUGUAUACCGAUAGUAGAAAAAAUAAAUUAAUUUUGAACAAUUUGCUACAAAUAUUUCUCCCGCCGUAUUUACAUUUAUAAAGUUGAGUGGAACUCUUAAUCAUACUUGAGCCGUUGACGUUUUACAUCAACAAACGUAACUAAACCUCGUAGUAAUAAUUAUUACUUUGUUAUAGUCAACACCGACUUUAAGGUCAUGAAAAAGAGAUCAUGCAGUUUUGCACAAAUGAAUUUGUAUCGGAUAAUGUUUUUGCUGUCGGUACAUAACGUAGCUGUGUGUGUGUCACACUUAACUCUAAUGCCGGCGAAUAUAAACUGCACGUGAUAUGCGUCCCCGAUCGACCCUGAGAUUGUAACGAACAAAAUUUUUAUACAUAGCUAAUAAAAAUAAUAAUCGGAAUAGAGCAUUUAAAUUAUGCUAAGUACUGGAAUGGAACCAAAGACUGACAAAAAUAUUUAUUGCAAUAACACUAUUGGUAUUAGAUUAUUUUAAUAAGAAAUAUUUUGUAAACUCAUGUGUUCUAUGUGGAGUCAUUUCGAGGGAAAAACGUCGUAACUGUUUAAUUUAAGUGAUAACUAUAUUUAAAAAAAUAUAUAAAAAUAAACUAUGACGAUUGAAAGUGCAGCAAUAAUCUUGUUUCGAUCGCGGGUGAUAUUGAUUGUUUCGUAUAGUGGUUAGGAUGUUUUUCCAAAAAGAACUUCCUCGAGACGUCAUCGAUUUAAAAAAAUAAAUAAAUAACUUUUUAAAUCUAUGCAACGAUGAUGAGUGAUUUGUAAAAAUAAAAUUGGUUUAAUUUUUUUUGCUUUUUCUAAUGAUUGUACUUUUUUCUUUUUUUUUGUUUUGUUUUUUCUCUCUUGUAUUGUAAAAAUCAGACUGAUGUUAAUAAGAGCAAUAUGAAUUGUGUUCAUAUAUGCAUUCACAGAUUAAUUAGAUGUAGUUGUACCUAGAAGUGGGAAAUUAAUUGAACAGAAUAUUGUAUCUGCUCUUUAGACGCUACAUUAAUAAAUUGAAUGAUUGGUUUGUCCGAAAAGGAAAAUGUCGCGAUAUAGCAUUAGAUUAAGUUUCGACUUAUUGUUAAAUUUUUAAGGUCCACUCUUUCAAUGUCUUUUAAUUGUAUUGUAUAUAUAUACAAAAAAGCUUUAUAAUCGAAUAAUUAAUUUAUUAAACGUGUUCGAAUGUCUAAUUAUGAUUCUAACAAAUUAAACACGAUUCGAUUGUAAAGUUAAUUAAAUAUAUAAUAAUAUUAACAUUUAAUUAAAUGUAAAUAGAAAUGGCAGAUUUCGAAUUAUUCGCGACCGUUUCCGUUCGGAUGUAAAAUUGUAUGAUGAUCUACGAAAUUGUUUAUGACUAAUUCCAAAGAAGAAUAUAUAGGAAUUUUGAACAAACGUUAUAUGCUGUAAGCUUAAACCGCAUACGAUUAUUUGCUUGUAUCAUAUACGCCCAUGUAACCGAUAUAAUAAUAGUGGAAAUAAAUGAUAUAAUAAUCAGGAUAUUGAUGUUGUAGUGUUGAAAAAAAAAAAAAAUGUCCCGGAUCGUUUCGGGUAUAGUUAUUACUAUAUACUAGUCGUUAAAUGACGCACGGUGGAUGAACAUCGCAAGUGUAUGCCCUCGAUACCUUAUCGCUAUACAAUGAGAUCUGAGCCAAGCCGUCGUCACACUGUACCAAGGCAUCGAUUAAGUAUCUCGUAGCGCAGUGUGGUGCCGUCCUAAACUGUAGCUAUAUUGAAAUUGGCUAACGAUUUUUUUUUUUUUUUUUGUGAAAUAUGUAUGUAAUGCAGUGCCUAAAAGAACCUCGACUUGAUAUACCAAAAUGUCUAAACUGAUUUUUAGCCUUUCAGAAUUACAAAACUUUGGAAUUAUUAUAAGGGUUUAUUUUAUUUUAGUUUGUCGUUUAACGUAAGUUAUUUAUGCCAAAUGUUAAUAUGUCGUGUAUGUUUGAAGAUAAAAAAAAAUGUGAUAUGUACACGACUUCCGACUUAUAGCCCUCGCAGACUACAGACUUUUGAUCGGCCGACGAUCGUUUUUUUUUUUUCUUUUGACACUGUCAGUCAUUGGACUGAAAUACAAUGGACCACUUACAAAGAAAAAGAGAAACGAUCAAUAAAAUCUAUUUUUUUUUAAUAUUAACAUUGAACACGUAAAUUAUAAUAUUGAAUAUUUAUACAGAAUAAAACACAAAAAGACAUUCGUUCAUGUUUUUUUUUAUAUUCUAAUUGCCUUCCAAGGUGUAUGCGUUCGUAUUAACGGCGAUCUGAAGUCGAUCAGUGUAUGCAGUAUGCGAGUAUGUAAUCCAAUUAGACUGAAAUAUCACUUACAUAGUCUGCGGGGGUUCUUAGACUCAUCUGUCGCCAUUGAGGCAUGCCUUCCUAGGGUUCAAAUUAAUCUUAAAAUAAUCGUGUCGUUCACGAAUAAGUCGAAAGUGUAUGUGUUAUGACGGUCGGCCGACUGUUGCCAUGCCAACUAUAUUUAGCUAUACGAUUCUUGCAAUAAAUUUCAUUAAACAUAUACUAAUAAACGAUGUCAUUAUAUCAU